AUGUAUUUCCAGGCAGAGGAGAUGGACACCCCAGAAGACCUGCAAGAUGACAACCUGAUCGAGUGGGAACACUUCCACAGUUCUAAUUAUGAGCAGCAAGAUGGACAUUUGGCAGUUAGGAGGAACAUAAUUUUAGAAUGAAAUAAAUUCAAACAAAGACAACAAGAAGCAGAAGAGACAGCUGAUGAUUUUAUCACUGCACUUAAUUGUUUAUCAGAACAUUGUGAUUAUGGAGCUCUGCUCAGUGAGAUAAGACACAGACUAGUCGCGGGAUUACUUGACAGAAGACUGUCUGAGCAAUUACAAAUAGACCGAGAACUAACACUGGAUAAAGCUGUCACAUGCAUUCGUCAAACUGAACUUGUGAAAAAGCAACAGGACCUGCCGGAGAAUAACUUUAAAGCUGCCAGCAGCUCGGCAUAUGUAGACAGUGUGCUUUCACAUAGCAGACAGCAAUGCCCAGCCAAUACCCAGUGCCAAUCAGAGAAGAAGAAUCAAAACUCAGAAAGACCACAACAUCCCCAAACAACGCAGGAGAAUGCAAAAGAGCCCAUAGAUACUGAUGAGGAUUUCAUUGAGGAUUUCAGUCCUGGAGGAGAAAAGCCUCACUACUGCUGCUACUGCGGUAGCAGCUUUCAAAAGGUGAGGGAUCUAAUAAGACACCAGCGAUCACAUACUGGAGAGAAGCCUCAGCACUGCUCUGAUUGUGACAGAAGUUUUGCUCGAUUAGAUAAGCUUAAGUCACACCAAAAGAUACAUACAAAAAACUAACUUAAUUUUCACUUCACUGUCUCUGUGGAAGGCUUUGUGCUAUUUGAGAAGCUUGAAAAACAACAGCUGGAGAAUACCUUCAAAGCUACCAGUUGUGUGGCAAAUGUAGAUCGUGUGCUCACACAGCAGAGAACAUUCAGCAAAGUCAACGAGAGUAAAAGGCAGCAGAGUAAAAUACGAGCUAGAGCUCCAGGAAAGGGAACACCAUCACAUAGCAAAACAAUGCAGGAGAAGGAAGAGGAGCCCCUAGAUACUGAUGACUCUGAUGAGUGGAUCGACGGUUUCAGUCCUGGAGGAGAGAAGCCUCACUACUGCUCCGACUGCGGUAGCAGCUUUCAAAAGGUGAGGGAUCUAAUAAGACACCAGCGAACACAUACUGGAGAGAAGCCUCACCACUGCCCUAUUUGUGACAGAAGUUUUGCUCGAUUAGAUAAGCUUAAGUUACAUAAAAACAUGCAUAUGAAAGAGGAGCAUGUCACACGGACCGAACAAACUGAACUGAAUGUAGACCGUGUGCACACACAGCAGAGAACAGCCAGCAAAGGCAGAGGCAGGCAGAAGAGUAAAAUACGAGCAGGAAAAAUGGGCCAGUCACAGCCAGGAAAAAACUUGUCUUGCAAAAGUUCAGUUGGAAAGAAUCAACACUCAAAACUGCAACUACCCCAAACAAUGCAGGAGAAUGAAGAGGAUGCUGAAGAUACUUCUGAUGACUGGACCGAGAGUUUCAGUACUGUAGAGAAGCCCUACGUCUGCUCCAACUGUGGUAAGAGCUUCAAACAAGAGAAUCGUCUUAUAAGACAUCAGCGAACACAUACAGGAGAGAAGCCUUACAACUGCCCUGACUGUGAAAAAAGUUUUGCUCGAUUAGAUAAUCUUAAAUUGCACCAAAAAACACAUAUGAAGGAGGAACGUAAUUUCCACUGCUCUGACUGUGUGAAAAGCUUUGUCCGAUUGAAGCAGCUUGAAAAACAUCAGCUAAGACACAAGAAAAGUGUUGAAAGACACACAACACAUUUGAGCAAAAGAAAAACAUUUCUCUGCACAAUAUGCGGGAAGGAGUGUCGCAACAUGAAAAUACACAUGCGAGUACACACUGGAGAGACACCGUAUCACUGCACUGAAUGCGGGAAGAGUUUUCCAUAUACAAAAUCGUAUCAAAGACAUAUACUAACACAUAAUACCUCUGGAGAAAGAGCAACCUAUCCUUGUUUGGAAUGUGGAAAGACUUUUACUCGCAGAGAUGGCAUGGCGAGACACAUGAGGAGGAUUCAUACUGGAGAGAGAAAUCAUCAGUGCAGAGACUGUGGAAAACUAUUCUUUCGAAAAGAGACACUGAAGAGACACAUGCUAGUUCACACUGGAGAGAAACCAUACCAGUGCUCUGUCUGUGGGCAACCCUUCUCCCAAGAUGGAGACAGAAAACGUCACGAGAAGAGGCACUACUCUGGUGUCUCAGAUUUCCUCAAUCUAUAAUGCAGAAGUGGUGCAGGUAGCCUAGCGGUUAAGUGUUGGGCCAGUAAAAGGUUGCUGUUUCGAAUCCCCAAGCUGACUAGGUGAAGAAUCAGUCGGUGCCCUUGAGUAAGGCACUUAAUCCUAAUUGCUAAAUGACAAAAAUGUAAUGUAAAAUGUGUUUGGCAUUGCAGGAAGUGGGAACCUACCUAAUCACUGUGAUUUGAUAAUCUAAUAAUCUGUUAACUACAAAUGUUGGUGGCCUGGAAUUGCCACCACAGACUGUAGAAGAGACACACAGACAGACUGUUGCUGAUACACAGCAAGACUGAGUAUUACUGUCUUCAUAGCAGUAUAAUUUUUUUUUCAAAAGUCGGUUAUUUAAAAUCAAGGAUUGGAACCGGUUCAGGGAACAGAACCAAAAACCGGAAAAUAACCAAAUUAUUUGAGCAACCCAAACCGAAAACAAAAGUAAUCUAUACUGUUCCUGGAAGAUAACCAUUAUUUUAAAAGCAUGGGAACCGGUUAAUAACAUUAUUUUACGUUCCGGGCAUUUUUUUUCCAGUGCCACAAAAAUCGCAAACAAAGUGCAUAUGCAAAGCCCUUACUCUGUCACUCAGAAACGUAUUCCAGCGUCUGCCUGCCAGCUGGAAAUCUUUGCCAGUGGGUGUGUGUAGUAUACCUGCCCCUCCCCUCUGAAGCAUAGGUUACUGUAGCCUACUGAUGACGUUACAAGCAUAAUUCAGAAAAUAGGGAGUGCUGUUUAAUUAAAGAAUGGAUUGAUUUAUUCAAUUGGUCGGAACAGUAAAAAAAAAAAAAGAUUAUGUUCAGAACGAAACGAUUGGAAAAUAAUUUCGGUUCCAACCCAUGUUUUUAAAUAGAUUUUUUUUAAAUGUAUUUGAAUAUUUUGUUUCAAAAAAGCAUAUUACAGUAUAGUAUACUAUCAAUAGCAGUCAUUGUUGAAUGAUGGGAAUUCCCCAUUGGUGGUUCACAGUUAGUUCAUAUUGUAUUAAUGUGUAUAUUGGUUUGAUUAUCAAUGAAAGGUUCACAGCUUCAGUGAGUGUGUACAUUUGUCUGAAAUUUACUGAAUUCAGGGUGAGUUGUCAGGCAACCCAAUACCAUAAUUAGUUAGGCUUUUAAACAGACACUAGAUGGAGUAGAUGUUAACAUUUAUGUUUUUAUUAAAAGACACUGAACACAAGUGUUUUUCUGUUGUGCAUUAGAAAAAUUAGAUUUCAGUCUUGGAGGUGCGUUUCCUGACUGAUUCCACGUUUGCAUAAUGAUAUUUGCAUAAUGAUAUUUGUAUAAGCCUACUUCACUUCUUCAAAAUCCCCAGGAUGAAUCUAAGAUAACUCAAGAAAUCUGUAAUUAAUUUUGACAUUUUUGCCGAGGAUUUUACAUCUAACUAAGAUGUUUGGUGCAGUAUUUCUCAAGUUACAAAAUGUGCGACGUGUUGUCUUAUGUAAACAAAGUUGGAGCUGCUUGGCAGGUCUGUCUCACUGUCUAUGCUAUUGGAUAGAGAGCAAUCGCCGUAGCUAUUCACCCCAUAUUAGUGGGCAAAUAGACAUCCUCAAAUCAAAACCCAACCUUCAAUUACCCUUGUGAUGCACGGAUGUUCCAAACUCCGUUUUAGGCAAGACUGACUGACCAAAACUAUCCUAUUUACACUUUGUAGUCAAUUUUGACAUCAGAAUAACUGCUUCUGACUAAUAUUGAUGCCACACAGGCUGUUUUCAAAGGGGUUAGUUGCUUUUUAAAGGCAGACGGUUUUUAACAUCUACCACAUCUAGUGUCUGUUAUAAAAAAGCCUAACUAAUUAUGGUAUUGGGUAUGCAAUGAAUUUUCUAAAUCUGACAUACUAUAAAGCCUACUAUUUAGAACACAAGUACGGGUAUUCGGUCACUUCCAGUAUCUUAAGCGGAAGGCCGACUGGGGUACUGCAGGCUGGUAGUGGCAACUAAAUUAUCCUCCAUUUAUUUUGUGCGAUUUUAAAAUAAUCUGUUCAAGAACAUAACGUUACAUCUGAUGUAAUAGAAGCUUUCUAUACUUGACAUUCAGACAUAAAGUGAAAAUGUCUGCAUGCACUUUACAACAUUUCAACAUGCAUGUGAUUUGCAUAUCCGAUAAUGUUUAUUAUAUCUUGGUCACCACCACACAGUUGCACACACACACCAUAGAAGUAUUUUUGUGCAUAGGAUGGACUUGUGGUUCUGAAAGGUAAGAACAAAUAUACAAUGUUGUAAGCUAUGCAAUAGGAAUAUCUACACAGGAAAGAAUGGCAUAGCAUCUAUACAGGGAUAUUCACAUAACAGCAUAAAUACAGUAUUUACAGCAGUGUGUGUAUAAAUAUCUCGCAGAGAGCGAGAUAACUAAUUACUUAAGACAGGUGAGAUUUAUGGCACUCUCUGGUGGAGCUCUGAUCUGUGUCUGGUGCCACAGAGUCAUACAUUUUACUGCGCAUGCGGGAGCGACGAGGACAGUCUGUGAAACUUGGCCAUGGCUUAACAGUAGCGCGAACUAUGAAAACGCAGCGGUAAAGUGCGCAUUCAGGCUUUAGGAAUUAACCAUCUCUAAACAAUAACAUCUACUGCAAAACACAUGCAUUCAAUGACAUACAGGCACUUAUAAACGACACGGAGUAUCUGAAAUGUAUAUAAGCUGUAGCAGUACUAUACAGCUACAGAUGUAACAAUGUAAUUAGGCCAAAGGAGGUUGGUGGCAUGUUAAUUGGGGAGGACAGGCUUGUGGUAAUGGCUGGAGCGGAAUCAGUGGAAUGGUAUCAAAUAAAUCAAACAUGGUUUCCAUGUGUUUGAUGCCAUUCCAUUUGCGCCAUUGCAGACAUUAUGAGCCGUCCUCCCCUCAGCAGCCUCCACCUUAGGCCUAAGGUAAUUGCUUUCAGUCAAUCACCAUUGUAGCAUUAACCCUCUGGCCAAUAAACCCCACCACUCACUUAUUGGAUGCACGAACAAUCUUCCUCAAACACACUGAUAAUUUGGUGGGCAAGACAAAUUUGCGUCUUCAUCUGCCGACAACGAUAGCCACUCCACAGAGAGAUAUUUCACCGGAUGUAUAAAUGUGAAGCAUCCGCUUGGGUUUCCGCUCACUACCAAAUAUGGUAGUGAGAGGAAGCCCAGUGGCCGGCUGUGGGAGAAGAUUGAACUAGAUGGAUUUUGGCCUUAGUUCUGCUAAUUUUCUCAUCGAUGAAACAUUUGAUCCCAAUACAAUUUUCUGUUCCCAAAAGUAAAAUAUGUUACGAACAGAGUGACUAAGUUUAGUAGACUUUACCCUUUGCCAAAGUAAAAAAAAAUUGCGUUGUUUAGAAGGAGUGCAAAGGCGAAUUGAGUUAAUACACACGCGCACUUCACGUUCACUAACGGAAAUAUGCGCAUGUAUGCUAGAACGCGCCAAUAGGAUCUCGCUAGCUCGUGCUUGGCUCUGCCCACCUCCUUGCUUGUUCAGCCCACUAUGACUCAUUUGUUCCUGUUUGAAACGACGGGCUUUGGUCUAUCUUGGUUUAGUUAUAAAAGCUUUGGACACUCUGACCUGGAGUGGGAGGGGUCAGAGUCCCAAUUUGCAUUCGACCACUCUGAUUGGUGGAAACCAGCAAGCCGUGAUAGCUGAGACGAGAAUUCACCCUAACCGGACUUUUAGGAAAGUCACAUGCACAGGCAUGGCUUUUACAAUGGCCUUUUUAUUUUCUUUCACUUCAAUCAAAUCUAACCAAAAGCUUCAAUUGCUAUCAGCAAAAGCAGACAAAACUGUUGUGUAUAGAAUAGUACUGCAGACUUCUUUGGUUUGCAGCCUCUGGUUUUACCCGCACUCCCUUCCGUUGGGAUACAAAACACACACAGAAAAUGGCGGAAUUUGAGGACGAAGGACUGCCCAAAAAAAUGCAGGAGAACUGAGACGAAGAGGAGCUCAAAGAAGAUAUUGAUGACUCCUAUGCCAAAUAGGAUGCAAGAUGUUGCAAGUUCUGAAGAAACGCUAAUUGAAGAGGUUAGAAGGUACACAAAUGUGUACAACACCUCAUUGAAAGACUAUAAAGACUUCACCAUGACCAACAACAGCUGGAAGGAGAUAGGAUAGCCCAAACUCUGAGAGUAGAAUAACACAUUUGCAGGAAGAAAUAGAGGACACUGAGAGAGACGUUAGACUGAGGAGGAAAAUGAAGGGGAAGAGUGGGGAUGCAGCAUCAGGAAUACAACCACAAAUACUCACCACACUGUCCUGGCUGUCUGGGUUCAUAAAACACAAAUGAGACAGAGUCAAACUAUCCAAAGGUAAAGACCACUUCUACUGUAAAUAAACUUCUCUAGCCUAGAUCACUACCCAGUGGACAAAACCUGGUUGAAAAUACUUCAAUAUUACUAUUUUUAUGACGUCUUAUUCUGGUCGCAAACUGGUUGAAAAUGAAGGUUUUACAUAUUUUUACUGACCAGAAUCACGUAUUUUUCUGACCACUAUAUGACCAGUUGGUCAUAAUUCUGACUGAUCUGACCAGCUGGUAAUAAUUCUGACCACUAUAUUAUGUGCUAUAUUAUGUAGCCUACUGGUCAUAGUUAAGACCAUCAUAACCUGGUAAUGACCACCUGACUACAGCUUAUUACCUUCUGUAAAAAGAAUUGCUGAGGAUGAAGUUGGAUAUUGAAAACGUUAAUUACAUUUCUAUUUGUUUCCAAGGGCACCAAUUCAAGUUGAAAUCUGCAACAUAUUCUUACAUUUAAAAUAGAUCAACCAAUGGCAAAAACAAAUCUGAGCACAGAAGGUGAUCUGGAGCGUAGUGGUCUUCUUGAAGAGUGGUGUGAUGGGUCAGAUCUGCAGUGAAGAGAAUCAGCGCAUUACAACUUUAUCAUUUUGAGAUUUUAAAAGAACUAGAGAAGGACAUUCCUGAAUAAACUUUGUAGACUCAGCUGGCUAACGGUAUUUAUUUUCAUGCUACUAGUUGAACAAGUUUGUGGCAGUUAUAGCUUAGAGAUGUCUUUAAAAGAGCAACUUGCUCAUAUACAUACUUUGCGUCCCCCUCCACCACGGAGGUCAGGGGCAUAUUUUAGGACAUUCCAGAGGGAUCGCAACACAUUAGCCUCCUGAGAUUUCUGGCUUUUCAUGACAAUUGAAGAAAAUGACUACUUCAUGAAGCUGGUUGAGAGAAUGCCAAGAGUGUGCAAGAGGGUGGCUUCUUUGAUGAAUCUCAAAUAUAAAAUAUAUUUUGAUUUGUUUAACACUGUUUUGGUUACUACAUGAUUCCAUAUGUGUUAUUUCAUAGUUCGGAUGUCUUCACUAUUAUUCUACAAUGUAGAAAAUAGUAAAAAUUAGUAGGUGUGUCCAAACUUUUGACUGGUACUGUACAUGCUGGUAGCCUAGAACAAAUGUUAUGGAAGUGAAUAUGCAUUUCAAUUGGUUGGACUUUAACUACGAAAAACACUGUGGUAAAAGCAGUAAUAGCAUCAGAGAUUCUCUAAAUUAGGGACCAUCUCUGAUAGCUAUAGGUCUCAAACGGAAUAGGCCAGAGCCCAGUGUGUUGACAGGGUACAGUAUGCCACGAGACCCUAACCCGCUUUGGUGCACUCUGCCAACUGUGCUAAGCUGAAUAAUGCAAACGCUGCUGAAAAAGAACAUUACUCCAAUUGUAAUAAUUGCCCACAAACACUAUGCACUUGUUUAUAUAGAUUGGUGUCUAUUAAUUGAGUAGCAUUUAGAUAACUGGUUAGUAGUUCAAUCAGAUUUCAACCAAAAACCAGAUAUAACCAGAUAUAUUUUUAAUGACAUCAAAAAUAUUAAAAUAAGUCUUAAUCUUGUUGUGAUCUGGUUAUAAGACGUCCCGACCAGAUUUCAACCAGAUAAAUACAUCUUUAUCACGUUGUAUGUCCACUGGAUAGCUUAUGCUAUAGUGAUCUCUAGAACUAAUGACAAACAAAAAAGUAUCAUGUUGAGUGGGGAUGCAGCAUCAGUAAUACAACCAGAAAUACUCACCACACUGUCCUGGCUAGUCUGGCAUCAUAAAGCACAAGGAGACAGAGUCAGACUAUCCACAGGUAAAGACUACUACUGUCAAUGAACCUUCUCUAGCCUAGAUCACUAGCCUAUGCAAUCAAUAUGCUAUAUCAUGGUGAUCUCUAGACCUAAUGACAAAUAAAUCAUCAUUAUCAUGUUGAUACUGCUAGGUAUUUUAAAUUAUUAGAACUACCUACUAUUGUAAAGAUAUGUAAACCUAGGUUAUUUGUUUUGCCAUUUAUUGUAUGCUAUCUAUUCUAAUUCGGACUUUAACCGUAUCGAAAAGUAGGCUAUAUUAUCUAUUACAUAUUUAUUGUUGUUUUAGAGAACUGACAAUACUAGUUAGGCCUACUAGUAAUUCUGCUAUUUUAAAUGUAUUUCCAGGCAGAGGAGAUGGACAUCCCAGAAGACCUGCAAGAAGACAACCUGAUCGAGCAGGAACAUUUCCACAGUUCUAAUAAUGAGAAGCAAGAUGGAGAUUUGGCAGUUAGGAGGAAUGUAAUAUUAGAACGAACUAAAUUCAACCAAAGACAACAAGAAGCAGGAGAGACAGCUGAUGAUUUUAUCACUGCACUUCAUUGUUUGUCAGAACAUUGCAGUUAUGGAGCUCUGCUCAGUGAGAUGAUAAGAGACAGACUAGUUGCAGGCUUACGUGACAGAAGACUGUCCGAGCAAUUACAAAUGGACCCAGAACUAACACUGGAUAAAGCUGUCGCACGCAUUCGUCAAAUUGAACUUGUGGAAAAGCAACAGGACCUGCUGGAGAAUACUUUCAAAACUGCCAGCAGUGCGGCAAAUGUAGACAGUGUGCGCACACAGCAGAGAACAUUCAGAAAAGUUAGAGGGAGCAAAAGACAGCAGAGGAAAGUACAAGCUAGAGAACCAGGAAAGAGAACACCAUCACAUAGCAAAACAAUGCAGGAGAAGGAAGAGGAGCCCCUAGAUACUGAUGACUCUGAUGAGUGGAUCGAGGGUUUCAGUCCUGGAGGAGAGAAGCCACACUACUGCUCCGACUGCAGUAAGAGUUUUAGAAAAGUGAGGGAUCUUAUAAGACACCAGCGAUUACAUACCGGAGAGAAGCCUCAACGCUGCCCUGUUUGGGACAAAAGUUUUGCUCGAUUAGAUAAGCUUAAAUUACACAACAAAAUACAUAUGAAAGAGGAACAUAAUGUCACACAUAACCAUCAAACUGAACUGAAUGUAGACCGUGUGCACACACAGCAGAGAACAGCCAGCAAAGGCAGGCAGAAGAGUAAAAUUCGAACUAGAACACCAGGGGAAAAAAUGGUCCAGUUACAGCCAGGCAAAGACUUGCCUUGCAAAAGUUCA